UCUCCUGGUGCUGAUGACCUGUGAAACAGCUGAUUCUGGAAAAAAUGAAUGUCGUGAGAUUGCUGGUGGCUAUGACUGCAGCUGGCUGAACCUGGCCUUGGUCCCAGAAGCCGUCCCCAACGCCACCCAGACGCUGGACUUCAGCUUCAAUCGCCUGCCCCAGCUCUACAGGGAGACCUUCACCAGGCUGACCCAGCUGCUGCACCUGGACCUGACCAGAUGCAGCAUAGACCUCCUGUACGAGGGCGCCUUCUCCAGCCAGAACAAGCUGCGCACCCUGAUCCUGACGGGGAACUCGCUCAAGUUCAUGUCCUACGAGGCCUUCAGCGGCCUGGACUCCCUGGCUGAGCUGGUCAUGCCCCAGACCUCUGUGGCAGACCUCGAGGACCUCCCCAUCUCAGAGCUGCAGCUCCGGGCUCUGGACGUCUCCGACGGCAGCCUGCACGACCUGGAGGGCCUUACCGCCCUCCGACUGGGCAAGAUGGAGACGUUCAAUCUCGCCAGGAACCACAUCGCCAGCCUAAGACGGGCCGACAUGAAGGCGUUCAAUGGCAGCAGCAGCAGUGGGAGUGGUGGGUUAAUGAUGGAGGUGAGCUUUGCGAGCAAUGACAUUAUCAGUGUGGAAGAUGGAGCGUUCGCAGGCCUGCGCUUCAGGAGUCUGGAUUUCCGUGGGUGCUUCGAGAGGGCCGAGGCGGAUGUGCUGCUGAGGGGGCUGGAGGGGGUAACUACGGAGACACUGAAUAUGGGCAGCUUUAACGACGCAGCUCACCGCUCCAUCACCACGCAGAGCGUCCGCUCCCUCUGUAACAUGAACGUCACCCACCUGAACCUGAGCAGGCAGCGUUGGGCCAGUCUGUCCAACGCCACGUUCGAGUGUCUGGCGGGACUGAGGAGUCUGGACAUGACCGAGAUGCACCUAAGCAACCUCCCUGACAACAUCAACAGCAUGGGCAACCUGACUCACCUCACCCUGGACCGCAACGAGUUUGGAAACAUGUGCGACAUCCGGGCACACAACUUCCCAUCUCUGACGUGGCUGUCAAUACGGGGGCCAUUCCGCCGCAAGAAGAACCUGAUCUUUCAGGACGAUUGUCUUCAGGACCUGUCUCACCUGCAGUACCUGGAUCUCAGCGACAUCGGUUUGGAGGUGAAGGGGCGUUGCUGCGAGGGUCAGUUGAGGGGACUGGGCCAGCUUCGUAUGCUAAAUCUGAGCCACAGCAACGCCAUGAGCUGGGGCGCCCUGCCUUUCUCUGCCACGCCGCAGCUCCAACAGCUGGACUGCACCGGCCUUCACAUCACGCUCGACGCCGCCGGCAGCGCACCUUUUCAGAACCUAGCACAGCUAAAGGCUCUUAACCUCUCCUCGACAAAAACAGACAUCACACAACCUGGUUUCCUGGAGGGCCUAAAGAGCCUUGUGCACCUCAAUCUCAGGGGGAACCCCGUCCCUGAAGGACACGUGCUGGACCCGGAAACGUUCAAACACGUCCCGGAGCUGCAGAAUCUAACGCUGGCGGAGUGUAAACUCACUGUCAUCGGCAGCAAUCUCUUUCACGCGUUGACAAAGCUCACGUUUGCAGACCUUAGUGCAAACCACAUGACUAAGGUAAGCACUUCGGCUUUCUACUCGCUCACCAAUAUUCAUCUCGACUAUGCUCACAACGGCAUACAGAUGGUGGAUGUGAGAUCUGUGAAGGCCCUGGGACCCAGUAGCUCAAUAGAUCUCAGCUUCAAUCCUCUGGACUGCAGCUGCUCUAAUGUCCAGUUCAUUGACUGGGCGAAGGCCAACGUUGACAAACUGGAACACAAUGAUGAGACUUUGUGUGACGGCACACAGCAACACAUCUCAGAGGUCACCUUACACUGUUCUCCAAUUGUUGGGAUAAUAGCGUUUGGGGUAACUCUUCUGAUUGUUGUAGCAGUUGCCGCAGGGGUUUUCGUGCUUAUAAAAUGGAAACGAUAUGACCGUUACACACAAUUGUGAAAACUUAAGUGUGCUAUAUACUGCAA